GGUACACCUCUUUUAAUAACUCAGUUUUACCCGAUAUAAAGAGUUGUACGUAUGCACAUUGUUGAAGUAAAAAUAACUUCUUUUAAAUAUGAGUGAAAUUGAUAUGAAUUAUAUUAUUCUCGUGGCCGAUUGCCUUCAUGUGGUGGCAAUUUUACCAUUAUUGGCAAAUAUGAAAUUUAAUAAAACUCUAGGCAUAUCUCAAAAUACGUUACUUCUUUUCGCUAUGGCCUUCGGUGCUAGAUUUUUCGAUAUAUUUUUGGGAAGCUGUAUGCACGCCAAUGUAUAUUUGAUAACGACCUUUAUAGCCGGUUCGUACGCGUUCAUGGCUAUAUUUUUCUUCUUUUUCUCUACUACUGAUGAUCGAAAAACCGACAGAUUUUCAUUUGUUCGUAUACUCGUGCCAUCGACACUGUGUGGCAUCCUCCUCAACCAUGUCACUUUGGGAAAUCAUGGAAUUGUCAGCUGGGACCAAUUGGAGCCUUGCGAGUUAACAUGGGCUACUAGCAUCUAUAUGGAAGCUGCUGCCAUCGUUCCCCAGUACCAGAUGAUUAAAACAAUUCAAGAGGGCAGACCUGUACGCAGAUACGUCAUUUUCCUGAUUUUGUAUCGAAUUUUGUAUACUGUUGACGGGAUUUAUCGAUACUAUUUUGAAGACCACACUGAUCCAAUAUCGUUUUUCUGCGGAUUGGUCGAAAUCGCUGUUUUGUUGAAAACAUUCCUAACAAUACGUCAUAUGGCUGCAUUAAAAAAACCCCGGCUCACAGUUUGAAUUGUUUAGUUUUACAAGUUUUACACUGUCUACUAUUUUACAUUGAUUUUUAAAAUAAUUACUAUAUAUUUUUAAGAUAAAUAAUAUAGGGUCCUGCAACAGUGCCUCGGGCAUCUCAAGCUCCUAUAAAAAGUAACUUAGAAAUUUUGAAUUCCUAAGUAUGUACUAGGGCCUAUUUCGGGAAAAUUUAACUUCUAUAUGGCAGCUCAAAAAAGUGUGAGUGGAUCGUGAAGAUUUUUUUUAAACGGAACACCCUGUAUAUUAUUUUUUCUUAAUCACUUUACAUAGUCCUGAGAUAUAAUUAAAUUUGUUUUUAUAAUUUCAGAGUUAUAAAUAAAUAAAUGAAAAUAAUUAUGAUUUUCAGCAUUUAAAAAGUGUCCUGAAAUUAAAACUAUGCUAGGUACUUCCAUAGUUGGUCCUGUACGUAAACUUAAAUCAUACGAGGUGUUCAAAAUGUUCUGCCAAACUUUUUAAAAUAUAAAUUAAUUUUUCUUCGUUUUUUUUUAAUGGAACACGUUGCACAAUUUUUUUUAUUAGAUAAGGAAUUAAAAAAUGAACAUAUUUUGUUAUUUUUUAAAGUAUUUUAAAAAUGUUAACGGUUUCGCAGGUAUUUGCGGUUUUAUUUACAUAUGGAUCUCUCAACUGUAAAAAUAUCAGACAAAAAUCAUUAGAUGGCUUUGAUAAAAAAUUAAUACUUUGAACACAAAAAAUGUUUAUUUUGAUUAAGAUUUUUUUUGACGUAGAAUUUUGUACACUCUGCAUGAUUUAAAACUGAGAAAUUUAUAGCAAAGGUAUAGACCAACAUUUCUUGUAUUUAUAAUAUAUUUUUUUAAAAAGCUUAUUUAUUUAUUAAUAUAUCGCUGAAACUAUCAAAACAUAUUUAAUAAUAUCUUAGGAUUUUGUAAAGCGAUCAGAAAGGAAGUUAAAAAACAAUAAUAUACAAGGUGUUCCAUUUAAAAAAAUGGUCCCGAUCUCCGCCUAUUUUUUUGAGCCACUCUGUAGAAGUUAAAAUAUUUUCCUGAAUUACAUUAUAGUGCAUACUUUAGGUGUACACUUAAACAAGAUUCUUUUAAUAAAAAAAAGUUUUUUAUUAUAGCCGCUACAGAUAUCGAUGCACUCUUGUAGGACCCUGUAUAUUAUGAACUGUUGUUAAUGUUAAUAAAAUAUCAUUGUGUAUAUAUUUAUUAAUGUAUUAAUGAUACUUACGUCAUUUAGGUAUAGUAAGAAACCUCGUCUGACUGAAUUGUAAGUUUUACACUGUUCAAGUUAAUGUAAAGAUUUUUAAGAUAAUAUAAACUCUAGUUUAAGUUAAUAAAAUAUCAUUAUGUAUAUAUUUAUUAAUUUAUUAAAGUUUUUUUAUUACUAGCAUAUAAA